AUGCUGCCAUUUCAAAAGUCUUUCAACACCGAAGACACCAACUCGCUGAAGAAUUGCAAAGAUAAGUGUAUACAAGCCGGCGAUAAGUGUCAAUCCCUCUCAUUCGGUGUGCAUCGACGCGGAAACGGCACCUGUCAGCUGUCAACAGAAAAAUUCAGCUUGACAGGCGGUCGGCCGAGUGGCAUAAUUUUCGAUCCCGAUUUCGAUUUGUAUGCGCGCAAGUCGAAUUGUUUCGAUCUCAGUGAUAACACCAUCACAGACACAACGGUUGGUGGUGGUGGGGAAGGUGAUGAAGGCUAUGGUGGCCUAUCGCCCACACCUUCAAUUCAGUUACCCAAUCGUCCAGCAGAUCCGGGUACUACACUGUUGGUUGUUGACCCUACGCCUACUACGAGCACAACAUUCGCACACGAGCGACCCUCUACCGGUUAUAGCCCGUCGCCGUCAACAACAUACGGCACAACGCCUGGUGUCUAUACGGACAGCAUAAAUCCCACACUUGGUGCUACGAGACCGGAUGGCGAUCGCUUGUAUUUUUCACAAGACAUCUAUCCAUUAUAUAAGUACCCCACGCUCUACGAACAUAACUAUCCAUCGCCAAACGAUGAUGUUUACAUACCAGGCGGUUACGCUUCAAACGUGCCAGAAGUACAUGAUAGCUAUCGACCACCGGGACAUUAUCCCACUGAGGAUACACAUGCGCCACCGCAUGGUCCACCACGUCCGGUUUUUGGUUUGGGAUAUGGUAAUGGGUUCAGUUAUGGUCGCCCAGAAUCUUAUGACCCCACAACGGCUAGGCCAUAUGACCAAAGCUCGCAAGCGGACAGAGAUCGUGAUACCAGCAGACCAGGUGUUUACACUACACGUCCUGGUCCAUAUGCCAGUGAUCGUCCAGAACGGCCGGGUUCUUAUCCCAGCGAAAGACCCAGCUCUUACCCUAGCGACCGCCCAGAUUCGUAUUCCAGUGAAAGACCCAGCGCAUAUCCCAGUCAACGGCCCAGCUCUUAUCCAAGUGAUCGCCCAGAUAGACCUAAUGAUCGUCCAGAACACCCUAACAGUUACCCAAACGACCGUCCCGAUCAGCCAGGAUCUUACCCCAGCAAUCGACCAGACCAGCAUGGAUCAUAUCCCAAUGACCGUCCCGAUCGACCGAUGGGUCCACCAAAUCCAUACCGUCCAACACGACCUGAUUACGAUCCUACAACGCCAACCAAUUAUUACACACGCCCAGAGUAUGAUGGCUUAAAUAGGCGUCCAUCUUACGAACAACGCCCACCAUCCUCCGCUAUGCCACCUACAAUGUCGAAUGGUCAACGUCCGCCUGGUGAUUUUAUAGAUUACACAAGUCGUCCGGACCCACCAAAUGGUAAUGCAUUGAGCACUUCAAUACGUCCGCCUAUGCGAGGAGAACCAGGCGGUUAUGGCGGUGUAUCGAAUGGGGAUUAUGGUUAUGUGCGCCGUAAUGGCACAGCAGCCCGACCAGAUGGAGGUUAUGAUGGUGAUAAAACAAUAGCGACUUUCUUUAAUCCGGAAGACUACUUGAAUGGUAGCAAAAGGCGUCCAGGUAGUGGUUACGAUGAUCGCGAUGAAGGAAGCUUUAGCAUGGACAAGAUGAAAGGUGAGUAG